AUGUUGAUUGAAAUUGCAAUAAUAGUGACUGCGGCGAAGUUUUCAUUUAUGCCUCUUUACCGAUCUACAGACUUUGAAGUUCAUAGAAAUUGGCUUGCUAUUACACAUAAUCUAACAAUGGAUAAAUGGUAUUAUGAUACAACUUCUGAAUGGACUUUAGAUUAUCCACCUUUUUUCGCUUGGUUAGAAUAUGGUCUUUCUUAUGUUGCAAAAGCUUUUGAUCCAGAGAUAGUCAAAUUAGAAAACUUAAAUUAUGAUUCAGAUAUGACUAUUUUAUUUCAUAGAUUAUCAGUUAUUGUUUUGGACUUUGUGUACAUUUAUGGAGCAAAAAGAUGUUCCAGUCUUUUAAUGUCUGGAAAUCUUUUAGUAUAUAUAUUACUUGUUGCUAAUCCUGGAUUACUGAUGGUGGACCACAUUCAUUUUCAGUAUAAUGGGUUUUUAUUUGGUAUUUUACUGCUGUCCAUAUCAAAUAUGAUAACAACUAAUUUUAUAAUGGCAGCAUUUUGGUUUGCAGUGUUGCUGAAUUUAAAACAUAUAUUUUUGUAUAUAGCACCUGCAUAUGUUGUAUAUUUGCUCAGAGCAUAUUGUUUCACAGUUUCAUCCAAUGAUGGGGUUCAUACUCCUUGGUAUUCAUUUUCAAUUAUGAACUUAAUUAAACUAGCUCUAACAGUUAUUGCAGUGUUCAGCGUAUCUUUUGGACCCUUCAUUGAUCAUUUACCACAGGUUCUAUUAAGACUCUUUCCAUUCAAAAGGGGAUUAUGUCAUGCCUACUGGGCUCCAAAUUUUUGGGCAUUAUAUAAUUUUGCAGACAAAGUUUUACAACGCUUGUGUCUUAAGUUUAACAUACCAGUUUUAACAAGUGAGGCAUCAAUGACAGGUGGGUUGGUCCAAGAAUAUGAACAUGCAGUGUUGCCUUCAAUAACACCGACUGUUACUUUUGUUCUCACUGCUGUAUCCAUGAUACCAGCUCUUAUUAAAUUAUGGCAUCUCUGCGCUGAUAGACAAUACAGAUGCUUGAGCUUUGUCAGGUGUCUUACAUUAUGUGCUACGUGUGCAUUUAUGUUUGGAUGGCAUGUACAUGAAAAAGCUAUACUGAUGAUUUUAAUUCCACUGAGUUUCCUCUCGGCGCUUGGCGACGUCGAUGCCAAGCUAUUCUUAUAUCUUUCCACAGUUGGCCACUAUUCAUUAUUUCCUCUAAUUUAUCCAAAAAACCUAUUAUCUAUAAAACUAUUUAUGUUCUUAACACAUAUAGCAAUUGCUUUCUGUUUUGUUCCAUCACUAUACGAGGCUCCGAAAUCUAAGUGGAGUAGAAAACGGCGUUUUAUGCUUUUGCCAAGAUUAAGAAGAUUUCAGUCAUUAUAUUUGUAUGGACUUAUGAUUGUAUGCAUUUAUGAGAACGCUCUGCAUUCUUUAUGGGGGCUAGACAAGAGUUUGCCCUUUUUGCCUUUAAUGAUCACAUCAGUGUAUUGUGCUGUAGGAGUUUGUUAUUUCUGGAUGUGCUUGUAUUACUAUUUCCUCACUUUUAAUUUAAGUAGAGUACCGACUUUAACGACGAGCAGAACUCCCCGAUAUGAGAAAAAAACUACA